AUGGGAAAAGUCAGAGAAAUUGUCAGGGUUGUAGGAAUUUUCCUUGUUCCUUUGCAAUUAGCAGCGGCAAUUUAUUUGGCUGCCACUAUAAAAAAUUCUUCAUGGCCGGAGCGCGGGCAAGAAAUGUCAAGUAUUACCGGCUUACCAAUAUGGUUUGUUGCUCCCUGUCCUCACCGGUCACCUGGGAGCGAAAGAACCACGUCGGAAUUUGCUUCAGCUAUUGUCACUGGUGUGGCAAGCUUUGCAUCUAUCUUUAUUAAAAUAAUGGGCAUAUUGAAUAUAAAAUCCAUCUUGCAAAAUUUAUUUGAUUUAAUACCAGGCAAAAAAGAGCAAAGUUUGCUAAGUUCUCGCUACCAACGCUAUCAUGUUAUUGAUGAUAAUUCUAAAGAAAAACGUCCCAGCUUGAAAAUCCCUGGUGUCCAUCAGACGUUAAUUCAUUUUAACACCAUCAUUACCGCUUACGUCUCCACCACAUUUAUAGCCCUGAUUGCAGGAUUGAUCUUUGGCGUAGGAAAAGUGUGGGGAUUUUUUGGAAUAUUUCAUAAUAUUAUGGAGGUUUUCAUCGUGGCCGCGAGCAUUAAGUCAGUUGCCAUGGUAUUGGGAUAUGAUGUUCUUCAAGUUUCAAGGCAAGUUCUUUUUUGUUUUACGUGUCCCAAACAGUUAUAUCGGCACCUUGGUGAGGUUCUAGUGUUUUCUGUGAGUAAUGCACGUAAAUGGCGUAUAUCGGGAAAGCGAUAA